CGGCGGCUGCCGGGUAACAUGGUUACAUGUCAGGGAGAGUCACCCUUGAUCAUGGAACAUGGACUGAGGCGAAGGCGGGCCAUGGACCGGCUGCAGAGGCAGCACCAGCCCCAGCCGCCGGGAGGGAAGGCUCCGGGGCAAUGAGUCCCAGACUCUGCUUGCACGAAGAGGAGGAAGAGGAAGAGAAGGAGGAGGAGAAGAAAACUGCUGUUGGGGAUCUGCUUGUCUGCUGCUCUUAGCUGAACCGACUCCAUGCCCUCCUGAUUCCCUAGGUGCGAGGGCAGCAUGAGGAGGGCGGCUUCGUGGGGCCACUGAACUUCUUGCCUUUUCCUGCCCGGCUCCAGACCCAUUCGCUUCCUCACAGGUGCCUAGUGACCAUGACGGGGUCCAGCGCCAAUGCUUGCCGCAAAGCUCAUCCCAAGGGAGAGAAAGGUGGGCGCUCCCGGAGUUCCCAUGCCCGGCCGAUCAGUACUGCCAACAACGGGGGAUCUGAGGAGGAGGACAAAGAUGGAGGGGUGGCAUUCCUCGUCAACAAAAGUGGCUUCCCCAUCGAUGGACACACCUGGGAGAGGAUGUGGGGCCACGUGGCCAAGGUGCACCCCUCGGGCCGAGAGGUGGUCGAGACCAUCAGGAAUGCUGCCCAUCUGGCAAAACCUUCAGUACCUUCUGUGCCAAACUACAAGGCUUCCAUGACGAUCCCCGAAUGGCUCCAGGCAAUACAGAAUUACAUGAAGAUGCUGCAAUACAAUCACACGGGAACUCAAUUUUUUGAAAUUAGGAAAUCAAGACCUCUAAGUGGGCUAAUGGAAUCGGCAAAAGAAAUGACCAGGGAAUCAUUACCUAUCAAAUGCCUUGAAGCAGUUAUCCUGGGGAUAUAUUUAACCAAUGGUCAGCCUUCUGUAGAACGAUUCCCAAUCAGCUUUAAAUCCCAUUUCUCAGGGAGCAAUUUUCAUCAUGUGGUGCUUGGAAUUUAUUUCAAUGGCCGAUAUGGAUCGCUGGGCAUGAGCCGAAGAUCAGAGCUGAUGGACAAACCGUUGAUCUACCGAACUCUGAGUGACCUCAUCUUUGAAUUUGAAGAGUCUUAUAAAAGGUACUUGCACUCGGUGAAGAAAGUGAAAAUUGGAUUGUACGUUCCUCAUGAGCCACACAGCUUUCAGCCCAUCGAAUGGAGGCAGUUGGUGCUCAAUGUGUCAAAGAUGAUGCGCUCCGAGAUCAGGAAGGAGUUGGAGAAAUAUGCCAGGGAUAUGAGAAUGAAGAUUUUGAAGCCCGCAAGUGCCCAUUCCCCAGUCAAGCAGAGGUCACGAGGAAAGUCCUUGUCUCCCCGAAGAAGACAGGCCAGUCCUCAGAGGCGGGCGUGCCGAAGAGACAAGUCGCAGAAACUGAGUCCUAUUCGGCUGACUGACGUUUUCAGGCCGGCUGUGCUGGACAAGAAGGGAGGAGACCUCUCGACAUUGAAUGAAGUUGGCUAUCAACUGCGCAUCUGACCAGGCUAGAGACGGAGCGCAUUGGUUUCCGGGGUGCUCUUUGCCACACUUUACCCUGUGAUCUGUGGACAUCGAGGGAGGGGGAAAGGGGGCUGCCAGUAUUUAUUAUGAAUGUGAGAGUUUUACUCGAGAUUUCACCUAGAACUUAGGAGAAAUGACAGUGGUGAUUUUUUUAUUUUUUACUUUUCGAGUCAUGAAAUGGAAUCAAGGAAAAAAGGACAUUUAAAAAGAAAUAAUAAUGUUAAUGAUAAUGGUGUUAAUCCUCCAUCCUACUUAAGAGGGGGAGGUGAUGUGUGUGGCUUGGCUUUUUAAAAUUUGGAUUGUUUUGGUAGUGGCUACUUUGCAUUGGUUUGGAGCAUUGUGUGUCUUCUGUAGGAUUUAGGAGUGGCAAUGAUGAAAGUAUAUUCCUCUGUGGAGUUUUUUUCUUUCAAGUGCUUGGGGGCAAACUCGAGAAAGGAAUCGUCUUCUGAGAACUUGCUUUCUACAGCCUCCACUGAAAAUAAGGACAAACUGGAGUCACAUCAAUGGACCUCGGUGGAGAUUCCAGAAACCUUUCCCAAGCUCUAACUCGGUGUAAGGGAACUUGCUGAAAGACUGUGUUUUGAAUCCAGCUUUUAAAUGUGACAUUCAGCAAUAAAAAUGUGGUCCAGAAGUUACACUAGUGGGCUUCCCCCCUUCAAAAUAUCAAUAUUACCUCAAAAACCUUUACAAUAGAUAUGCAAAACUGACAGUGUUUUAAUUUUGUAAUGGGUUUGUAUUGUGUUCCCAGCUUCUCCAGUAGCAGAGCAUUUACUGCACCCUUCCCAGUUCUACUCCAUUCUGCCUUAUUCCCUAUUUCUGCUCAUCUGUGACAAAGGACUAAAAUGGUCAUGAUAUACAAGUGUCCUCUUCAAAGCACUGAAGUCUUACAUUAUAUUAGGGAUAGAGAAAACUUAAUGGUCUGCCAAGAAAAAAAUGACCAAUGCAGGUUGAGCAUCCCUUAUCCAGAAUUCUGAAAUCCAAAAUAUUCCAAAAUCCAAAAUCAUCCAUAUAGGUGGCUGAGAUGGUGAUACCUUUGCUUUCUGAUGGUUCAAUGUACACAAACUUGUGUUUCAUGCACAAAAUUAUUUAAAAUGUGGUGUAUAUGAAACAUUAACUAUUUUAUGGUUAGAAUUGGGUCCCAUCUCCAAGAUAUCCCAUUAUGCAUGUAUAAGCAAAUGCUGGUAUUCCAAAGUUUGAAAAAAUCCAAAACCCCAAACACUUCUGAUUCCAAGAAUUUUGAAUAAGGGAUAAUUGGCCUGUAUUAAUUAAGUAAAUAUCAGGUUUUUAUAGCAUUUCAUCUCAAGCUUUUAUCCUUCAUGAGCUACAGUUUUUACAAGCACAAGUGAAAUGAUCCAGAGGUUCUGAAUCCCUGAGGCUCCCAUGUUCAUGUGGAGCUCUGAGCUUGCAAUUAUAACUCCAUUUUCUUCUGUGCACCAUGGAGUGCUCUGCACAUCCAGUGGGAAUCCAUUAUCCUUGGGGAAUACUUUUCAAAACAGAAAAAUAAAAGGCUAACAUGCUCCAGAUCUACACAGAGCCCAGGGAAACUUUGGAUCAUUCUAAAGAACUAGCGAGCAUUGAUUUUGUAAGGAUGAACAUUCUUGUUACAGUCACAUUUAUGUGUCAGAUAUUCUUAAAAACAAUAGCAGAAUCUAUGGGCUUCCCUUAAGAAUGUACUUUUCUUCUUUGUGAUAUAUUGUUAUUUGAAAUUGUUAUCUUCAAAUGAAUUGAGACCCCAAUAUAUGAUGUCUUGACAUCUUAUAUUAAGAUCCUCAAACAUCCAGGACUGACAUUGUGGCCAAUGCGUUUGGAGGAAACAACCAUUCUUGUAGACAGCAUUCAAAUAAAAAUGAAGGAAUGCAUCCACAGCCAAGAAAAUGUAUGCAAUGCAGCAAUGACGUUGUACUUUUUUUGAAUUAGGGAAAUGUUGAAAGAAAAAAACAAUACAGUGAGCUGCUGGUUGGGAUAUGGAGAAGGGUGAGUUUCUAGAUAUUUUUCUGGCCAGAUGUAAUUAUAACACUACUGGUCUCUCAAAUAUAGUUAAGAGAUUGAGAGUGCAAAUCUGUAUACCAGGGACUGGAAAUGAUUUUUUUUUUUUACAUUAACAGGAGUAUUCCCUUCUCUUUUAUUUCUGUAACCACCACCUUCUCUUUCUCCUGAUGCUUUUUCUCUCUUAUAGGAAAAGGGAGAGGUGUAGGAGAUUCAGAAUCAUGCCCUCUCUUUUUCCUUCUUCUUUCUUCCCCAGCAGAUUGUAGGGAAAGGAAUGGAUGGCUCAUGCUAAAGGUCCAAACCCUUUGCUUGAUCUUAGCGAGGUUUAUUUUUGAGUGGGCAAGUUUAAGAUUGUACCAUCAUUGGAUCCUAUACACCAGUGGUUCUCAACUUGUGGGUCCCCAGUUGUUUUGGCCUACAACUCCCAGAAAUCCCAGCCAGUUUACCAGCUGUUAGGAUUUCUGGGAGUUGAAGGCCAAAACAUCUGGGAACCCACAGGUUGAGAACCAAUGUUAUACAUGCUUAUUUGAAAAUACAGUCAACCCUCUGCACUUAGGGACACAUAACAUUCUAUGAAAACAAAAAACUGCAAACAAACAAAAAAAGACAUUGCUAUCUUUUACCUGGGAGAACAUCUCUGUAGAAAUUUCUCUGUCUUCCAGCAUGACUCUGUGGUCAACUUCCAUUGGAAACUGUCUACAGAAUUGCAUUAGAGGAGCUAGAUAUCCUGGAGAGAUGUUCUUUGCAGAGGUGCUCUGUGUAGAAAUCUCUAGGUCCUCCAGCAUAACUGUAGGAAGUUGAUUAUAGAGUCACACUGGAGGAACUAAAGAGUCCUAGAGAGAAUAUUUUAAAUAAAAUCAUGAAUAAUGAAAUCUGAAAAAGUCAAAUUUGCAAAUGUGGAGGGAUGACUGUAACUUCCCAGUAAUUGUGCAUGGGAUUGCUGCCUAAUAGUAGGCCAUGGUAGAAUAUACAGGGUGUUUGAAAAAGAACACCCUAUUCAUCAUUUAAAUUAAAUGGUGAAUAGGGAGUUCUUUUUCAAACACCCUGCAUUCCCCUUUGUCUCAGAUUGAUUUUCCACCAUAAGAAAAGCUUGUCUUAUUCCUUAUGCACAACUGAGGCUCAUAAAACUUGCAGGUUUGAUAGGAAUUUGACAUUCUGAUUCUCAAAAUAACCUCAGAUUUGCUUCAUUAUGUACAGUUUUUUCACAACUUUCUUUGAUAUUUCUGUGUUGCAAGAGGUGACUCAAUUAAAUCAGUAUGUGAAUUAGUAAUGAAAUAUGGGAAAGAGCUGUAUGUGUGGUGCAACAUUUUUAUUGCUUUCAGAACUGAGCAUCCAAAAAUAUAUUAAAAAGAGCUACAAUGUUUUAAAAUUUUUGUUUUGUCUCAAGCCUAUGUAAUUAAUGAAAACCAGGUUUCCAUAAAACGCAGACCUUGGAAAAAACACUUCUUUGAAAAACAGCUCCCAGAAUCUUUCAUGCUAAAUGAAAAAUCCUGGUGAUUUUGUCCAAAAAUAACUUAUCUAACCUCUUUUACAAAACAUGGGCUACUAAUUUAUUUCAAACUAUAAUUUUAAUCUGCCUAACAAGUUAACAAUUACUUGCCUGACUGCAAAUAAAGUUCGAAACCAAGGUUUAGCAGUCAGAAGAUGGUAGCAACUGGUCUGAAGAGGUGAAGGACUAUGUGAGCCUGCUUUCAAUCUCUUAACCAUACUAAAAACUUUAUCACACAAAGUUGAUGAAGUGCAAUUUCAGCAGGAUAAAAACACGUUUAGAUGUUGUGUUUUCUUGUAAUCGCAUUGCACCUGAAUCAUGAUUGACUCAUCUCUUUUCAAUAAUGGGGAAAAUUCGUCAGUGAAUCCAAAAUCACAUAUUUCCAAUGUGAUUGUGAUUAAGCUGGUGUGAUCAAGUCCUAUGAUAAGAGAUUAGUGAUGUUAUAGCUGUAUCUGACAGCUGGAUCUCACACUUAUAGCAUGAUGCAGUGCGACAACAAGCACACAUUUCUAAGGGGCUGCAGGGAGGCAUUAAAAAGUUCACUAGGGCCCUCUUUUUACCAAGAGUUUUAAAAUGUUACUUUUUCUGGACUAGAACUCCCAGAAUAAACUAGCCAACUUUGCCAAGUCCAGAAAGUAUUGUUCCCAAAACUCUGGUUGUGCCCUUUUGUAGAGUGUGUGGUUGUGUUCCUGAUCAAUUCACUGCUUUGUAAAAAUUUGAACAAAUAUUUCUUUCUUCAUUCUUUUUACAAAAGUGUUCAACCACCACUGGGGUCGAUUAAUAUAAGUUUUUUUCUUCUUCUUGCAAUUAUUUUUAAAUUUGGUAACUAAACUCUGUUUCACAAACUCUCAGAUCUUCAGAGUUACUCAGAGAUCUCUUUUUUCCUAAUUAUGUAUGUUUCUAAUCCAUUGGAAGGAGUUUGGGCACAAACCAUCAUGAACAUCACUUCUACUUUACAUUACAAGAUUAAGAGAAGCGAUGCAGGAAAAAUAUAACAUUAUAUUUCGCUCAUCAUUCCAAAUCCCUUCUGUAGUCUAAUGCUUUUCUAAAAUGGGUGAAUUAUUUUGUAUCCAGGUGUUGUGUUGUUUUACUUAACGUACAGGUGAAUCCUAUUCUAUCACAACACAUACCUGCAACUUUUAAAAUAUGAGAAACUGUGAUUUUAGUGACUAGGUUUCUAAUUGCCAUCAUUUUGUCAAAUGCUGUUCUGUUCUGGAUAAAAAAAGUGCAUGAUGUUUUGCUUUUGUCACCAUUUGUAUGUUCAGUGCAGCAUGGAACUUUAAUAAAAUGUCUUGGAAGUCUUUUUUUCUAA